AUGGCAUUUUAUUAUGAAUCAGAAGAUCUGAAUUUAAGAAAGAAAUAUAACAACUUACAAUAUGAUGAAUUAGAAGAGUAAGAUAAAUAGAGUGCUGCAUAUUGUAUUUCUGAAUAAUAGAUGACAACUAAGUAGCACGAGGAAUAAUUGUAAAUGGAUUUUGAAAUAAUAAUAAAGGAUAUAAAAAAUAUGUGUGUAUAUUUUACAUAAAAAUUCAUUGUGUAAAAUGAAAACAAUACCUAAUUGCAGAAAUUCCCAUUCAUAAAAGUAAAGAAUAGAGUAUGUCAUAUAUUUGAAAAAUACCAAGAACAAAAUACAUUAUUAGAUUAAAUCUUAGAAUAGAUUUGUGUGAGUCUGAUGGAUGUAGUAAAGGUGUAUGUGUUAAAAUAUAUCAAUAAUAUUGGACAAAGCAUUUGUGAGGAGUUUCAUAACAUUUGUGAUACAAUUUAUAUUUUAACAAAAGUGAGAGGAAUAAGAACAAUCAGUAGAUAUUGUCCACAUGAAGUAUGCAAUUUGGAACCAGUUGUUAUGUAUUUGUAAAAUUGUUCAACUGAUCUUAAUUAGAAUUGGGAAACUAAAUAUGUUAUAUUAAUGUGGUUAAGUAUUAUAGUAUUAGUUCCAUUUGAUUUAAAUUCAAUAGAUUCUUAAAUUUUCAAUUCUAUUUAAGACACUUUUACUUCAAGUAAUACAAUCAUAAACUCAUUAUUAAAUUUGGGAGUCAAUUAUUUAAAAUCAUCCACAAAAUUAAGAAAUAUGGGAGCAUUAUAUUUAUCUAAAUUGUUUAGUAGAACAGAUAUCUUAAAAUGCAAUUUAUUAGAAUAAUUUUUGAAAUGGAGUGUUAAAUAAAUUCAUGAUUUGCAAGAUAAUAUACUUAAUACUUUUUAUAUUACAGGAAUUCUAGAAACAUUGGUAGAAAUUCUUAAAGUAGUUUAAAGAGAUGUUUUAAAGGAUAAUCUGUAUAUCUUAUUACCUUUGUUAAACUUGAAAUAAUAAGGUACCUUAAUUAAUUUGUUUCUAACUAAAUUAACUUAAAGAAUUGGAUUAGUAUAUUUAAGACCAAGAGUAGUUAGUUGGACAUAUAAAAAAGGUACAACUAAUCUAUAAUAAACAUUAAAAAUUAUUGAUUAUUCAAGAAUUGUCACUAAUUCACAAAUAUCUAGAACAAAUUAAUAAUUAUAAUAAUAAUAACAAUCAAAUAUUUAAUUAGAAGAUGUAGAUUAUUUCUUAGAUGUAGAUUAGGAAGGAUUAGAAACUGUUGUAGAUACUUUAUUAUAAUAAAUAAUAAAUAAGGAUACUGUUGUAAGAUGGUCAGCUGCAAAGGGUAUAGGUAGAAUCUGUGCUCGAUUGAAUUUAGAUUAAGCAGAUGAUAUUUUUGAUUCAUUAAUCAACACAUGUUUUACUCCAAUAAAUGGAGACACUGCAUGGCAUGGUGGAUGUUUAGCAUUAGGAGAAUUAUGUAGAAGAGGAUUAAUUCUUGAAAAUAAAUUAGAAUCUAUUAUUCCUAUUAUUUGCAAAGCCUUGAUUUUUGAAUAGAAUUAAGGAGGUUAUAGUAUUGGUGUAAAUGUAAGAGAUUCAGCCUGUUUUAUUGCUUGGUCAGCUGCAAGAGCAUAUGAUCCUGAUAUAUUAAAAAAUCAUGUUCUCGCUUUAGCAUAACAUCUAGUUAUUGUUAUGAUCUUUGAUAGAGAAGUAAAUGUUAGAAGAGCCGCCUCAAGUACAUUCUAAGAAUUGGUAGGAAGAUGUCCAAACAUUAUACCACAUGGUAUAAGUAUUCUAACAGAAGCUGAUUAUUUCUCAUUGGCUAUGAUUCAUAAUGCUUAUUUAAGAAUUGCUCCAUUUAUAGCUUCCUAUCCAGAAUAUUAUAAAUAAAUGGUUGAUCAUUUAGCUUUUAUUAAAAUAGCAAGUCAAGAUAAAGAAGUUAGAAAGUUGGCUGCUAAGAGUUUGGGAAGAUUACUAGUUUUGGAUCCAACUUAUUUUAAAGAUAAUUUGAUUUAUGAAAGUAUUUUGAAAAUGGUAAGAUUACAAUCAUUGAAUUAAAAACAUGGUGCUUUAUUUGCUUUAGGAGAUUUACUUAUUGCAUAAUCAGGAAAUAUCACUAAGAAUUCAGAAGAGAAAGAAUUAAAAGAUUCAGUUUUCCUUAGAACUUUAACUAAAAAUGAUAGAUAAUUAGCAAAAGCUGGAGAACAUAUAACAAUAUUUAAAACUUAAUAUGAGCAAUUACUUCAAGUAGACAAUAUGAAUUUACUUUCAUAAGAAAUUAUACAUGAGAUUAUGCAAAUACCUAAAUUAUUAGAGGAUUCUUUAAAAGGAAAGAGUGGAGAAUAAAUUAGAAUUGCUUCCUAUAGACUAAUUGAAUGCAUCUCUAUUUCUAAAUUACCAUUAUAAGUAGAAUAACAUGCAUAUUAUUUGAAAUUUAUAGAAGAUGGAUUAAAGAAUCCUUUGGAAGAAAUACAAAUAUCAGCAGCCAAAGCUUUAAGAUUAUUAAGUAAUUAAUAUCAAACUUAAGACCAAUUCUUGAUUGAUGGUAAAGAAUUCUUAAAAAGAAUUAUAAAAUAACUAAAUCAAAAGUCUACUAAUGCAUAAGUAUUAAUUUAAGGUGGAUAUGCUUAAAGUGUAGGAGCCUUUUCACCAUAAGUACUCCAUAAUGAAGAUCUCAGUAUAUUGUAUACUAUUGGAUUAUCAAAAAAAAGAGCAAAAUUAACAAGUUGGAGUAUAGAUCCAGACACAAGAAAAUUUGCAAUAAAGUCUCUUGGAUAAGGGAUAAUUAAUUAAUUAAACAAUAAUUUUAAUUGUGAUGCUCAACUCUUACCUGUUAUUGAUUGCAUUCUUUAUGCUAUGUUGGAUUACACAGUAAAUAAAAAAGGAGAUGUUGGGUUAUUCAUUAGAGAAAAUUCAAUUAUUGCAAUACAAUCUAUUUUAGUCAGUUAUGUAGGAUAUAUUGAACGAAAUCAUAUCAAUAAUAUAAUCAUAAAUGAAUAAUGUAUUAUCAAAAUUAUUGGAUAAUUAUUAUAAUAAUUAUGUGAAAAGAUUGAUAGAGUCAGAUUAUUAGCUGGAAGUGUUUUGUAAGAGUUAUUUAAAUCUGUAUUUCCUAAAUUAUAAAAAUUUGAAAAUUACGAAUAAAUAUCUGCUAUAUUCUCAACUGCCAAUUUAUAAUAAACUAUAAUAAAGGAUUAAGAAAGAGUUGAUCAAACCUUCUAAAGUGAAAUAAUUGAGGCUGAAAUCAAAAAUUUAAAAGAUCUUCUUUAAAAUAUUGGAAAAACUGAUCUAAUUUAUCAUUGGAAUCUACCACAUUGUUGCUAUAGAUUAAUAGUUCCAAUUCUUGCUUAUCCUACAUUUUGUAGAUAUAUCUUAACAGGAUUGUGUAUAAGUGUGGGAGGAAUUAGUGAAUCAAUCCAAAAAUUUAGUGAAGAAGCAUUAGUUUAAUAUAUACAAAAUAAUCAAAAUCUUGAUCUUAUAAUGACUAAUUUGAUUGAAAUACUUAAAUUAUAUGCAUUAGAUGAAAGAGUUGUUAUUCCAUUAUUUAAAACAGCUUCACUUGUUUUACAAAAAGAAGAAAUACAAUCAUUACCUAUGAUUAAAUAAUACACUGAAACCUUAAUCUAAUUGAUUUACAAAGAAACUCAUAAGACUUAAUCAAUUAAUAAAUUAUCAGCCAGUGUUCAAUUAAUUAUUGAUAUUUUAUCAAUCAAUGCUGAAUUAUUUCAUCAAAUCAUUUAACAUAUCUAUGAUAUAUUAACUAGCGAGUAAUUUAUUAGAUUUAUAUAUUUAGUUUUCCUAAAGUAAGAAAACAAUUAGCAGAUGCAUUUUACUUAUAUUUGUUAUCACAUGAUAAUGAAGAGUUGAUAUCUAUUGACAAUAAUUGUUUGCUAUAGGAUUAUCUUUUAGAAAUCGAUUGGCUAUCUGUAUUUAUUUGAUUUUAUUUAUUUAAUAGGAAGAAUUAGAUAAGAAUAUGGAAGAGUGUAGAAGCUAAUUGAAAAAAUUAUUAAAUUUAUGA